GAAAGACCGACGGCAGCUUCGGGUUGGCUUUCCCCCGCUCCUUGCCCCGCCCCCUACCCACUCUGCGCAUGGUUAGUUGGGCUGGGAAGCCGGCGCGCCCUACGUCGGGCGGAAGUAGAGGCGGCUGCGAGGAGCAGCAUGGCGGCCGACGAGCCGGGCGCGCUGGAGCUUUUCGUUAGCAUCGGUCUGAGCGAAAGCAAGGCUCGCGAGACCCUUCGGAACCAGGCGCUCAGCGCGCUGCUUCGCGAGGCCGUCGUGCAGGUACCGUCGCUUUGCCCACACCGGUAGUGCUCCUGUAUCUUUGAGAGCAACCUGACAGGCUGAAAUCCAACAGGUGUAGCUCACCCCCAUCACUGCAUUUCCAGGCCAGAAAAUGCUGCAGAGGGGUUGAAGUUCUGCUUGUCAUAUAGCGGCUCGAAGAAGGAAUGGGGCGACCCUACCCCCUCAAAAAACCCCAAACCCAAAAACCCUUCACUCUCCUCCAUUCCUCUACAGUGGUACCUCGGGUUACAUACGCUUCAGGUUACAUACGCAUCAGGUUACAGACUCCGCAAACCCAGAAAUAGUGCUUCAGGUUAAGAACUUUGCUUCAGGAUGAGAACAGAAAUCGUGCAGUGGCGGCAGCAGGAGGCCCCAUUAGCUAAAGUGGUGCUUCAGGUUAAGAACAGUUUCAGGUUAAGAACGGACCUCCGGAACGAAUUAAGUACUUAACCCGAGGUACCACUGUAUACAAGUGGUACCUCUGGAUACAAACGGGAUCUGUUCCGGAGCCCCGUUCGCAUCCUGAAGUAAACGUAAGACGCAGUUGCGCGGGUCGCGUUUCGCCACUUCCGUGCAUGUGCGUGAUGUCAUUUUGAGCCUCUGUGCGUGUGUGAGCGGCGAAACCCAGAAGUGACGCGCUCCGUUACUUCCAUGUCGCCGCGGAGCGCAACCCGAAAAUACUUAACUUGAAGCUACUUCAACCCGAGGUAUGACUGUAUAUGACACAGUUCUGAAUGAUCUCUCAUUUUUAUCGUGCUUCAGUGAGUCUUCACAGAGAUAACGCAGUUUGGCGAACCCUCUAAAAUUAGGAGAUCUGCAAGUCUUUGUCAAAGAGAGGGCAGAGGAUAGAUAGAUUGGGUGUGACUGUAAGAAAGGAUGGUUUCCGAGUUCAGUGUUCUGUCCUGUGAUCUCCUGCAAAGGGCGAGAAGAUCUUUUUGAUUUUAAAGGUUUCUUUCAAAUCUGAACUUGCUGCACCAUCAGGCCUCAGGGCCUGUCCCUAGCUAUUUUAGCAAUGCAAUCUUAAACACACUUCCUGGGCAGUUGGACAUUGAGCUGUAUGGCACUAACUGAAUAAGCCAGCAUGUACUCAAGAUGUGACUACUGCUGAAUUCAGUGGGGCUUCCAGGUCAGUGGGGUUAGACUGUGGUUUGGGGAGUUCUAUCUGUGAGUGAGGCCAGUUGAAUACAGUAAGACCUAUUUCUAAAUAAGCAUGCUUAGGAUAUGCUGUAAGAUUGGAUUCUGUCCCGGUAGAUUCUGUAUGGGGUCACUCUGGAAUCUGUUCCCUGCCACUUGUUGGCAUAUGUUUUAACUGCCUGUUUUCAUCUGAGACUCAGAUUGAUGCUCAGUUUGAAAAUUGGUGGUCAGCUAUACCUCUGCAAUUUGAAACUCCCAAGAAUGAAAAAGAAAAACAGAAUAAUAAUGUCAAAUGUUUAAUAAGUAUUAUCUGUUGGGUUAGGAACCGAGUUUUGGAACUGAACUUAUUAGGGCCUCCUGUGAGUCCCCAAUGGAGGUGAUUCAAAGCACAGAUAACGUCUCAGGAGCCUUUUGUAAGUCCUCUGACUUGUUUACUGUUGUAGGCUGGACUCAAGUUCUAGCUGUGGUUCUGUCCCAUUUCAUGAACUCUCUUGUUUUUAUUGGCCUUACAUAAUCCACUUUGGGACUUUUUUUGGAUGAGGAAAGAGGUAGAAAUGCUUCAAAUAAACAAAUUUCAGUUGUUGUUUCAGAUGAUCAAGUUACUAUGAGUUUUUUCCUGCUGCUACAUGAAGGAUAGGGAUGCGGGUGGCACUGUGGGUUAAACCACAGAGCCUAGGGCUUGCCGAUCAGAAGGUCGGCGGUUCGAAUCCCCGCAACAGGGUGAGCUCCCGUUGCUUGGUCCCUGCUCCUGCCAACCUAGCAGCUCGAAAGCACGUCAAAGUGCAAGUAGAUAAAUAGGUACCGCUCCGGUGGGAAGGUAAACGGCGUUUCUGUGCGCUGCUCUGGUUCGCCAGAAGCGGCUUAGUCAUGCUGGCCACAUGACCCGGAAGCUGUACGCCGGCUCCCUCGGCCAAUAAAGCGAGAUGAGUGCUGGAACCCCAGAGUCGGCCACGACUGGACCUAAUGGUCAGGGGUCCCUUUACCUUUACCUACAUGAAGGAUACAUUUCAUUUGCUUGUAGCAUGGCUUGCAAUUUGUGGUGACAUGGGAAGAAGAGAGAACGGGAGCUAUGUGUACUUGGGCUUAAUUCAGUUUCAGGAUGAGGACUAAAAAGCAGGUGUGCGUUCAGAUUUACUUUCAAGGUCAGCGUAUGUUUCCGUGUUUAUGUGAUAAAAAUAAGGUUGGUGGAAACGUUUCCGACAUAUUCUAGCUUACCACGUUGCAAGCAGUGACUUUUCAGACAACAUCAGCCCUUUUCUGCAGUGGAAUUUCCUUCCGGAAAUGUUUCUAAGAAUCUGAAAGUGAAAGUCCUGCUGGUGAGAGAAGCUCCCUGAAGAUAACCAAGAGAGCAAGAAGUCAGCUGAUUUUUGUGCUUGUUUCCUGUUUUUCUCGACCAGGAUGAAAUCAUUGGGGUGGGGUGGGAUUGGCCGGUGUCUACUUACAAAGCAGGGUGUACCCAUUCAUUCUGUCAUUGGAGAGUAGACUGUUCAAAUUAUAGUUCCCAAAAUGCAGAUGAUUCACUUACAUUGCUGCAGAGAGAUGCAAGAGUUUCUUCACAGAGUUUAAUGAACCACAGCCAUAUCCGUUUGGGGCUGUCGUAAUGCAACAGCAUGCUGGGAAUUGCUUGUUGCAUAGUUAUCCCUUGUGCAUAGGCACCCAAACACAAUGGUGCAGCAACCCAACAAAAUGACAUGGGCGUUACAUAAAAAUCCCUCUGCUGGUUGCUGGGACUUUCCCCUCUGCAACCAGGGCAGUUCUGUAAUGCUGGCUCUUAAGUUGGGAAGGGGCAGGGUGGAGAUGGUGUCCUCCUGAUGCACAAGAAGUUAACUGGGAAGAGAAGGAUCAUAGCUUAGUGGUAGAGCAUCUACCCAAAUUCAAUCCCUUGAAGGUAGGAUGGGGAACGUUUUCUGCCUGAAACCAUGGAGAUCUGCUGCCAGUCAGUGUGGACAAUACUGAGCUAGAUAGACCUCAGUGGUCUGACUCAGUAUAUGGCAGCUUCCUAUGAGCUUCUCUGUCUCAUUCUGCAGAAACCUCUCCUAUCACCUCUUCUUAACAUCUUUAGACGGACACCAGCCAUUAGAGUGGUACCUCUAGAUGCGAACGGGAUCCGUUCUGGAGCCUCAUUCACAUCUAGAAGCUAACAUAACAAGUGACGGCACGUCUGCGCACGCAUGCGUCGCUUUUCGCCGCUUCUGAGCAUGCGCGUGACGUCAUUCUGAGCGUCUGCGCAUGCGCAAGCGGCGAAACCUCGGAGUAACACGCUCCGUUACUUCCGGGUUGCUGCGGAGCGCAACUCGAACUCGCUCAUCCCGAAGCACAUUCAACCCGAGGUAUGACUGUACACCAAACCAGCUUUUAACUCUCCUGUUGACCCCUCUCUCUCUUCUAGGCUCAAGAAAUCCUUGGCUCAGCUGCUGACAAGACAGUUGGCACCCUGUUAUACAAUGUGGCCUCCAGGCUUAAGGACCCAAAGCAUCUUGGCUUCCUUGUGGAGUAUAUCGCUACCAAGAAGAUAGUUACAGACCUGCAGCUCAAUGGUACACAUUUAGGGUUUAUGCCGGCUGCGGCAAAGAUGCUCCCUUCAUGAAUUUCACCCUUUUAAUUGCACAGCUCUGCCUUAAGUCACCAAGCCUCGCGCUGAAUACGCAACCAGGCGUUAGAGCAAAGGUCGCCGAUGUGGUGCCUUCCAUGUGUUGUGGACUACAACUCCCAUCAUUCCUGAUCAUUGGCGAUGCUGAAUGGGAGUUGUAGUCCAAAACAUUGGGAAGGCACCUGGUUGGCUGCCCGUAUAUUAGGGUUGUGUCUCUCUUGAGUUUCUGGAACAGCAAAGUUCUCCGGCAAUGUAAUUCACAGUCCAUCAGUACUUUUCUUCUCCUGCAGCUUAAUCCCAGUGUAGUCAAAAUGGUGCCCUCUGGAUGCUUCACAAACUUGAACAUGAGCCAACAGUGUGACGCGGCAGCUAAAAAAGCCAAUGCAAUUCUGGGCUGUAUCAAUAGGAGUAUAGCAUCUAGAUAAAGGGAAGUAAUAGUGCCACUGUAUUCUGCUCUGGUCAGACCUCACCUGGAGUACUGUGUCCAGUUCUGGGCACCACAGUUCAAGAAGGACACUGACAAACUGGAACGUGUCCAGAGGAGGGCAACCAAAAUGGUCAAAGGCCUGGAAACGAUGCCUUAUGAGGAACGGCUAAGGGAGCUGGGCAUGUUUAGCCUGGAGAAGAGGAGGUUAAGGGGUGAUAUGAUAGCCAUGUUCAAAUAUAUAAAAGGAUGUCACAUAGAGGAGGGAGAAAGGUUGUUUUCUGCUGCUCCAGAGAAGCGGACACGGAGCAAUGGAUCCAAACCACAAGAAAGAAGAUUCCACCUAAACAUUAGGAAGAACUUCCUGACUGUAAGAGCUGUUUGACAGUGGAAUUUGCUGCCAAGGAGUGUGGUGGAGUCUCCUUCUUUGGAGGUCUUUAAGCAGAGGCUUGACAACCAUAUGUCAGGAGUGCUCUGAUGGUGUUCCCUGCUUGGCAGGGGGUUGGACUCGAUGGCCCUUGUGGUCUCUUCCAACUCUAUGAUUCUAUGAUUCUGUGCUUCAGACUACCGUUCUUAUUGGCCCCACUUAAUGGGGCCAAUUGUCAGGGAUGGUGGGAGUGGUCGCCCAAAUAUCUGGAGGCCAUCGCAUUGGCUAUCCUAGCAGCCUCCUGAACCUAGGGUGUUCCAUGCAGAAGGCAGGGUUUGGCCUGGUUCUCCCAUGCUGGAGGCUUCUGAAAGUGGCCUAGUAAAACAGUGCAGGUGGCUCACACAGACUGUCACAGGGAAACCUGGCACAAGAACCUGGCACAGCUGCUGGCUAGUCCUGCCUGUGGACAAAUCCUCCCUUGAGCCCAAGCUGCGAAACUUACCGGCAGAAUAAGAAAUCAAGAUGACCAACUUUUUAUAAAAGAAUGGAAACGGUUUGUUGAAUAUUUGCAGAUAAAUUGUAAACAGAUGAAAACGUUAGCAGGAUUAUUGUAAUAACCUGCAGUUUUAUAAGAGCAUAUAUUUACAGUAGAUAAUUAAAUGAGCAGGUUAAAUGCAUUUGGAUAUGCAGAAGAUAUUAAAAAAUAAAUUAAUGCAACCACAGAAAAGGGGGGGAAGGAAGUCAAUUUUUGAAAUGUUAAAAUAGUCGUAAAUCUAAUGAAAUGAAUAAAUUUGAAAAGUAUAAAUAAAAAACUUUUUUAACAAGGAACUGAAUCCUGAGCAUAAUGCAAAAUGCCGCCGCCUGCCUUGCCUUGAGAAGGCUUGUCUUGCAGGGCCAGGGCUGCUUGUUCCUCCCAAUGACUUUUCUUUCCUUUGAUUUGUUAAUGUGUUGAUUUAUUGGGGGUAGCUCAGUGGGCAGAGCAUGAGACUCUUAAUCAUAGGGACGCUGGUACGAGCCCCACAUUGGGCAAAAUAUUCCUCUGUUUCCAGGUGACCCUCGUGGUCUCUUCCAACUCUUCUACAAUCCUAUGGUUUAACUGUAGUCUCUCCCUCCAAGGAGUCGGGGGUGAUGAAGAUUGACGAUUCCUCUCUCUCCACCCCGAUGUUACCAUCAUAACAACCUUGUGAGGUUGGUUAGGCUGAGAGACACUUAACUGGCAGAGAACACCGGAUGAGCUUUAUGUUAGGAUAUAGUUCCGUUCCACCUUAAAAGGGAACAGGCAUGACUGUUGUGUGUCACAUGCCUCUUUACUUUCAGCACAGUCUGCUGGGAACUUCCGUUUGUAUGUUGCUUUUGCUGUUUUGCUGGAGACGAAGGGAAGCAGACAUGUUUUUUCCUUUGUUCCUGAACUAUACUGAUGAAAUGCUGUAAAGAAUGCUUACACAUGUCUCUGUCCGCCACUUCUGUUGUGAGGAUUUAUUCACUCUGCUGAUAAGAGCGUGCACAGCUUCUGAACGUAUCUGAGCCUCGUGUCGCUGAUUGAUGCUGUACCGGGAACCGGAGUGUCGCCCAGUGGCUAGAGCCAGCUGGGGGCCUGCCAAAUGCCCCCGUCUCCCUGGCAGCAUCCCAACACGUUAUAGCUAAGUGGGGAUUUGAACCCAGGUCUCUCUCCAUUCCACUUUAUCCACUCUUAACACACAGGCGUUCCUUCUCAUAAUACACCUGUGUUCUUUGUGCCUGCAGCGGCUCUGGAGUACGUCAAAAGCCACCCCGUGGAGCCCAUUGACGCAGCAGACUUUGCCAGAGAAUGUGGCGUUGGCGUGAUCGUGACGCCAGAGCAGAUCGAAGAGGCGGUGAGUGUCAGCCCUUGGUAGGAGCAGCAAGUGGUGCCAUGCCCCAUCACAGGCCCGUCUUCCACGCUUGGAGCUGGGCAAAGGGUGUCUACCCAGGCCUCUGUGUGUCAUUGUUUUUUUGUCAAGAGAGACGUGUGCAAGGCAAGGUCUGUGUUGUUGCUUAAGCCUGAAUCACAGAGAAUCCUGCCAAGCCCAUCCACUUGGGUAGUUGCCUGGCCAAAAGAGGAUCAGGGCUUUUAGGAAGACUCAGAUAUCCAGGGAGCACCUUUACCCAAAGGUGGGAAGUUGUCUUAAUGGCUCAGUAACUUCCCUCCAGUGUUGGGGAGGGUUUGGGGAGCUCUGUCUGGCAGGGAAUAGGUUCUGUUGUUCAGCAAAAAAGGAAGAAAAGUGUGUUAAUAAUAAUAAUAAUAAUAAUAAUAAUAAUAAUAAUUUAUACCCCGCCCAUCUGGCUUGGCUUCCCCAGCCACUCUGGGCGGCUUCCAACAAAAUAUUAAAAUACCGUAAUGCAUCAAACAUUAAAAGCUUCCCUAAACAGGGCUGCCUUCAGAUGUCUUAUAAAAGUCUGGUAGUUGUUGUUCUCUUUGACAUCUGAUGGGAGGGCAUUCCACAGGGCGGGUGCCACUACCGAGAAGGCCCUCUGCCUGGUUCCCUGUAACUUGACUUCUCGCAGUGAGGGAACCUCCAGAAGGCCCUCGGCGCUGGACCUCAGUGUCCGGGUAGGACGAUGGGGGUGGAGACGCUCCUUCAGAUAUACAGGACCGAGGCCGUUUAGGGGUUUAAAGGUCAGCACUAACACUUAGACCUUCCCCACCCCACCUUAUUGCCUUGUAUUUAGCCUUGUCUGGAAGCCACUUGAACUGGCUCUAGUCAGUCUCUCUCUGUCUCUCUCUCUGUCUCUCUCUGUCUCUCUCUCUCUCUCAUUUUAUAAUAAUAUUUUCUCUUUUCCUUCCUAGGUGGAAGCUUCCAUCAGCAAACACAAAGCCCAGCUCCUUUCGGAACGUUACCGCUUUAACAUGGGGCUUUUGAUGGGUGAGUGACAGGCCGGGCAGGGGAGUCUGCAAGUACGUUCCCAUUGUGAGACACCUGCUUACUGCUGGCGUGUCACUGUGCUCAUUCUGCAACCUGGCCUUGUGCGCUUUUCCAGACUCUGCUCGUUUCUUCUAAAACCCGCCCACUCCCUUUGCAAACUCAGCCAGCGCACUCCGCAAUAGGACUAACCAUGAACACAGGAACAUAUUGGAAGGGGCCGUAGUAGCUCAGUAGUAGAAAAUCCCCCUUUCACGCAGAAGGUCUCUGGUUAAAUCUGCCCCAGGUAGGGCUGAGGAUGCUUCCCUGCCUUGAAAUCCUGGAGAGCUGCUGCCAAUCAGUCCAGACCAGGGUUUCCCAAACUGGGGUCUCCAGCUGUUUUUGGACUACAACUCCCAUCAUCCCUAGCUAGCAGGGCCAGUGGUCAGGGAUGAUGGGAACUGUAGUCCAAAAACAGCUGGAGACCCCCGUUUGGGAAGCCCUGCUCUAGACAGCGCUGAGCAAGAUGGGCCAAUGGUCCGAUGAAGACAGCUUCCUGUGUUCCUAAUAUACGAAGAGCCCUGCUGGGCCAGACCAAAGGCCCCUCUAGUUGGGCAUCCUGGUCCUGCAGUGGCCAGCUAGAUGCCUCCUGGAACCCCACAAGCAAUGCAUGAGGGCAGCAGCCAUCUUCCACCCGUGUUUCCCAGCUGCUGUUAUCCAGAAGCCCUAAGAACACCAGAAGAUCCCUGCCAGAUUAGGGCAUCAUUCCAGCGUCCUGCUCUCACAAUGGCCAGCCAGACAUCUCUGGGGAUCCUGCAAACAGGGCCUGGGGGGUGUGUGUGUAGCUCCAUUGGGCCCUGGACUUGUGCUGCCCAGAGUUCAGCGGAUUGUCAACGACUGCUCUGAUUUCCUUUCUCUUUUGCAGGGGAGGCGCGGAGCAAGUUGAAGUGGGCUGAUGGGAAAAUCAUUAAGAACGAGGUGGACCUUCAGGUGUGUCAAGGGGGACCUGCAAAUCUGGACAAGGGGUUUUGGAGAAGGCAGGUGGGGAUUGGCUGGGUUGUUGCAACAGAAUCAGCAGAUCCACCAGGGUGAUGCAGAGGCUGCUAAGUGCCCUGGGGAGACCUAGGUUCAAAUCCCCCGUCGGCUGUGAAGCCCAAUGGGUCAGUUGAUCUCUCUUAGCCUAACCUACAUCGCAGGAUGGUUGUGCAGGUAAUAUGAGGUGUGGAGAGAGCCUUGUGCACCACUAAGCUCCCUGGAUGAAGGGUAGGGUUAAAAAUGUCUUUUAAACAAAAAAUAGGUUCCAUAACCAAGACUUGGCGCUGCAAAUUUAUCCUGCAGUGCUGCCCUGUGACCCUGUAUAUCUUAUGCAACUACAUUUGUAUAUAUUAUGCAACUACAUUUGCACGCCCCUGUUUUGCAUAUCCGUUUCUCAGAUUUUUGGGAGGGGCCAAGGUGCUAAAAGGUCUGCCCUUUGCACACCGGGACUCCUGCUAAGUCUACAGUGAUGGCCAAACUUGGCCCUCCAGCUGUUUUGGGACUACAACUCCCAUCAUCCCUAGCUACCAGGACCAGUGGUCAGGGAUGAUGGGAAAUGUAGUCCCAAAACAGCUGGAGGGCCAAGUUUGGCCAUCACUGUGCCAAGACAACUGCCUUGGUUUCUGAGAUCUUCAUCAGCAUCACCCACAUCCCUUCAGGUCUAUUUUUGUAACUGGAAACUUAAAAAAUAAAAAUCCUGGCAUUCUCAGGAUGCUGCUUUUUCUGCCGAAUACUUCCUUACCCAGUAGAAACACUGCAUUCACAGUGGAACCACAACUGUAUCCUCCUAUGUGGGCUCAAAUUGCGAAAGGACGCUGUAGCAUCAGACUAAAUUUUGUGCUCCUACAGAGGCACGCUGCCAGAUCAGUGGGUUUUGCUUUCUUGCUUUGGCCUGGUGUGUUUUUUGUAAGGCAGUGUUGGGCCAGCUGUCGCUGAACUCCAUGGGCCAGGCUGAGUGGGGCUGGUGGCCAGCAGUACCUGGUUCCCCAUCUCUGACAUAAGAAGAGUUUUGCCCUGGGGAGGGGAGGUAGAGAGAAGGAACUUAGAGGGCCGGGUCAAACCCAAGGCAACCAAUCAAUUCCUUCCUUCUGUCCUUUUCCUCUCCUGUAGGUGCUCCACUUGCUGGGCCCAAAGACAGAAGCUGAUCUGGAAAAGAAAUCAAAGGUAAGUGUUUAUCUUCCUUUCCCUCCCUCCCUCCCUCCCUCCCUCCCUUCCUUCCUUCCUUCUUGUGGUGUGUUAGUGGUUUCCACUCCAGGUGUGCAAUAGAGUGCAGAGGAUUCAUCUAAAACCCCCAAUCCCGCAGCCCUCCCAGAUGCUGACUGCAACUCCCAUCAUCCCUUACUCUUGGCCAUGCUGCCUGAGGCUGAUGGGAGCUGGAGCUCAGCAACAUCUGGAGGGCCCGCAGGUUCUCUCCAUCCUUGUCUAAUAUGGGCAGAAACCAUUAAUGGUGGGGAUGUGUGAGCCUUUCUUUGAAACCUCGGGGUGUGUAGGUAGUGGCACCCAUGCUCAGGACAGGAAGUGGUGUCUGAGGGGCCAGUGAAACAUCUGUCCCACCCCAGUUUUUUAAAGCAUGCUUUAUGGAUUCUUCCCAUUUAUUUUGGCCUGCGUGUCUCUGAAUCUGGGAAUAAGGCAGCGUUGCAAACUUGUGAUUUCCAUUGUAUGCAGUAAGCCGGGGAGAGCAAAGAAUUGUCACUUGACAUAGGGAUUCUAGGGCAAAGGUUGAGAGUUUAGGGUAAAGUUCUUUUUAGGAAAACAUUGGCCUCCUCGCCUUUAAUUCCCCACUCUUCCUUUCACUGCCAUUUUCCCCCAACCUUCCCUGGUCUAUUUCUUUUUAAAAAAGAUAAGAGCAGCAGGUAAAGCUGCUUCUUCUUUUUUUUUUUUAAAUAAUUUUUAUUGAAUGGUUUUAUGUUACAAAAAACAAUACAGCCAUACUACCACUAAAUAUAAUUAAGAAAUAAAAAUUACAUACAUCAAUAUUUAGUUUGUUAUUUGUUAUUUACCGUCUUAUUUCCUGCCAAACAUUGCAUACAACAACACACAUAUGUGCAGACACCCACACACCCACACUCACACAGAAAAUGAUAAUAAUGAAAGUAAAUAUUUUCCCCCCUUUUAUCUUCCAAAAUCUUUUCUUCAACUUUGACUUCCUGUCAAGUCCCUAGGUAAAGCUUCUUCCAUGGCUUGUCUCUGCACCAGGAAAAGCUUUGCCUGCUAGAUUUCCGUGUGCGGGGCUGCCUUUAAAACCUUGGCUCCUCUUCACCACAGAGGCCCUCAAGGCCAGGUCCAGUUAAACUCAGUAGCUCUACCUUGUUGCUUUGUCAGGCCCCGAAGGCCCGUGCCACUGAGCCAGACAAGAAGGGAAAGGCAGCAGUGGUGGAAAACGGUAAGUCCUUGUCUGAACCUGCUCUCCCUUGUGUUUGUUUUGGAGGCCUCCUAGCUGCUCUGGAUGUUUGCCUGGCAAGCACACAGCUCUGCCGGACCCAAGCGCCCUUCUCUCUUAGGAAAGGGCACACAGAGGACUGGGAGGGUGGAAUGCUGGCAGCAGUAUCUUCCUAUUGUGUUUGCUGUGUCGCUUUUAAAACAAUAAUCGCGCAGCGCACUAUAGAACCCGCUCUCCCAAGAAAUUGCAGGAGGGCAGCGUGUGCUUGUGGCUCCUGCUCUGGUCGCUGGUUUCCCCACAGGCAUCUGGUGAGAACUAGAUGCUGGGCUGAUCCAGCGGGUGGUUCUUAUGUUCUUAAUAAUAACUUGCUGCCGUGGAAAAUUCCGCUCACCUCCUGGACUUCAUGUGAUGAGCUUUGGCAGAGAUGUAGUGCGCCCUCUAGUGUUCUCCAGAAGUAAUUCAUCGUGACAACAGCCUUACAAAGGCUUUCUGUAGCUGUGACAAAACUUGGUUUUGCUUCUCUGCCUUUCUCCUCUUGUGAGAAGUUGAAGAUCGUAUAUAUAGGAAGGGCAGUAAUUCAGUGGUUGAGCAUAUGCUAUACAUGCAGAAGGUUCCAAGUUCAGUAGGGCUUGGAAAGGGGAGAUGCUCUGCCAGCCAGUAUAGUCAGUACUGAGCAAGAUGGACCAAUGGCUUUUGUCCAAGGCAGCUUCCUACAUUCCUGUGUAGGGAGAUCGAUGUAGGCACGAAACAGACCCAGGCCUGCAUUAGGGAGGCUGCUGCACCAUGUGACCUGUGACCAUAGCCAGGGCUGUGAGUCCUUCAGGCUGUAGCAUGUAACACAGCUGGAAACAAGGUCUGUGAGACUCCUGACAAAUGCUUUCCUUUUACUUCUGGCUGUCUCUACCCCCACUAUGAAUGCUGGCUCUCUGUUCUACAGUGUUAGUGUUAGUUAAGGUACGUGGCCGAGUGAUGAGCAGCAAGAGAGAAGCCCUGCCUGGAGGAGUUUCCAACGGGAGGAAAGACAUAGGAAGCUGCCUUAUACUGAAACAGACCAUUGGUCCAGCUCAGCAUUGCCUACACGGACUGGCAGCAGCUCUCAGAAUUUCAGGCAGGAGGCUGCUAGCCGUAUGUGGAGAUGCUAAAAGAUUGCAAGGGAAGGAAGUUAUCCCAGUUGCUGCUGCAAAAGGGGGUCUGUUUCUUGAGUCUCUGGCUUCUGACCUCAACUGCUUUCCCUCCAGGCGAUGCAUGCCAAGAGACGAAAUCCCUUAUGGAGCAGCUGAGGGGCGAGGCGCUUAAAUUCCAUAAGCCAGGUAAGCUGCCCUGGAGGUCGUGUCUCUCUCCAGCCAGGUUCUCACCUUCACCGAUGAGCUCCCUGAUAUGCCAGGGCCUGUGGAAACCACAGAUAUUGCCUGAUGUCAAGGAAAGGAGUGACUGGGGUCAGGAGGGCCAGUAUCCGGUUGUGCUGCGCUCAUGCAUAUGGUUGUGGGAAAUGGCACACCAGGAGCCUGCCUGUGAGUUUAGGAGAUACUUUAUUUAUAUAUUGUUAUAUAUUUGCACCCUGCAUUUCCAUGACAAGUCAGAACUCAAGGCAGCUUACCGUACAAAUCCUUGAAUGUUAUCAUUGUAGGCUGUGGUGGGCCUAUAAAGACAGAUGAAAACAAAACCGUACAGCGUUGGUCAGUAUCGGGUUACAGUUUUUUCUUUGAUCAUCAUCAUUUAUUAUUUAUACCCCCGCCCAUCUGGCUGGGUUUCCCUAGUCACUCUGGGUAGCUUCCAACAAAACACUAAAAUACAAUAACCUGUUAAACAUUAAAAGCUUCCCUAAAUAGGGCUGCCUUCAGAUGUCUUCUAAAAGUUUGGUAGUUAUUUUUCUCUUUGACAUCUGGUGGGAGGGCGUUUCACAGGGCAGGUGCCACUACCGAGAAGGCCCUCUGCCUGGUUCCCUGUAACUUGGCUUCUCGUAACGAGGGAACCACCAGAAGGCCCCCGGCACUGGACCUCAGUGUCCUGACAGAAUGAUGGAGGUGGAGAUGCUCCUUCAGGUAUACUGGACCGAGGCCAUUUAGGGCUUUAAAGGUCAGCACCAACACUUUGAAUUGUGCUCGGAAAUGUACUGGGAGCCAGUGUAGGUCUUUCAAGAAACGUCCGUCCCCCCCCAAUAAAAACUUUAAUACAUGCCUACAGGCGCACGGAUAUGCAUAUAUAGAAGCUAAAUCGCCGCAGAAUUUAAAACAAAACAGUAGCAAAACAGCAUCAUAGCACAAUCUGAUAUGGGGCAAAAUUGCUGUGGCCUUGCUUGUGCUUUUGAGUGUGGACCUGGACCCCUGCUUCCAAGUCCUGCUCUGAUGGUGGCACUGCUUAUAUUUAGGCUUUUGGUGGCUUAUCUCUUGUAGGUGGAGUUGGCCCCACUUGCCACCAGGCGGCAGCCAACAGCACCUGACUCUGCCAAAAAACAAGUGCGUUUGGGGGUGGUAGGUAGGGGAGAUCGCUUAUGAAGCCACAACCCCACAUUACUAAGCCCCGCAAACCUGGGCAAAUGAUCAACUAAAGAAUGGCAAUGAGGAAACUUGAAUGCAAAAUUAUCCUGGUUCAGUGACUGGUGUUUUUUGUUUUGUUCCUUCUGGGCCUUCUGAUUUUAAUGCAGAAGACUAUUCAGCCGUCACUGCCUGCAGUUCGCUGAUUUGCAUACUGCGUGCUGAUCAUGUCCCUUGUACCUUUCCAGGUGAGAACUACAAAACGGAAGGCUACGUUGUCACACCCAACACCAUGAACUUACUGAAGCAGCAUCUGGAGAUCACAGGCGGACAGGUGCUCUUGGGGGGGGGUGGAGAUCUUCCGUCCUUCUUCCUUCGGGAGGCUGGGUUCACGGAGCAGCUGACCCCCGUAGCUUGCAUCUCUCAGUCCCUGUGAAACCUUGAGACCCCUGAGCUGCUGUUAUGGCAAAACCGAGAUUUGGGGAAGCAGUGAGAUGCCACAGAUGCAUAGCUCUAGCAGGUGUAGGACAAAGGUGUCUGUGCAUGGGAGCAAAACCCCAGCAUUUUCCAGGUGCCAGAUUUACUCUCUCCUGCCCAGCAACAGUUUCCACUGGAAGAAUAAAUCUGAUGCCAAUCAUGUGCAGGUGAACAAGGGUUCGCCUUUGCGAAGGUUUUUGAGAAACAGCAGAGACCUCUGUUUUCCCUGGUCCUCACUUCCUUGGCGGUGAAGCUGCUGUUUUCCAUGUCCUAAAUCCCUAAGGGUGUACUGUGCAUAAUGAGAGGGACCAGAAGCCCUGCAAAUGAGGCCUUGUAGACAGCCAAAUUCUCCCCACCUGCCUUUAGCGUGUAUGUGAUGUCAAGAUGUAAGAAAAGAGGACACAGCCAUGGUUGCUGCAGACACAGCCAUGGUUGCUGCAUGGUUGCUGGAUGUUGCUGCAGACUCCUGCAGGGUCCGCUGUGGUCUAAACCGCCGAGGCUCUUGGGCUUCGUGGAUCAUAAGGUCAGCGGUUCAAAUCCCCACGACGGGGUGAGCUCCAGUUGCUCGUUUCCAGCUCCUGCCGACUUAGCAGUUCAAAAGCACGGCAGUGCAAGUAGAUAAAUAGGUACUGCUGCGGUGGGAAGGUAAACGGCGUUUCCGUGCGCUCUGGCACUUGUCACGGUUCUCCGUGCACCAGUAGUGGUUUAGUCCUGCUGGCCACAUGACCCGGAAGCUGUCUGAGGGCAAACGCCGGCUCCCUCGGUCUGAAAGCGAGAUGAGCGCCGCAACCCCAUAGUCGCCUUUGACUGGACUUAACCGUCCAGGGGUCCUUUACCUUUACUUUUUUACCUACAUUUUUGUCAUAGCAUAUGAUCUAGGGGGAGGCCCCACCCUGGCCUUUGGGUGGGGCUGGGUGUGGGGUGUCUUUGAGGUUUUGAGGAGGAGACUGCAUCCAGAGAGAUCUCAGUUAACUGCAUUGAAAAUGUCUUCUGCCACAGGUGCGCACUCGGUUCCCUCCAGAGCCCAAUGGCAUCCUGCACAUUGGCCACGCCAAGGCUAUCAAUUUUAACUUCGGCUUUGCCAAGGUGAGAGACCGGUCACUUUUCCACACUCUGCCCUGCUGCAAACUCAGCUUUUUGCUAAACUGGGGUUGGGGUGGAAGGCGAUAGUGAGUGGGGAGGGACAGCCUCAUCUUCAUCUAGCGAUGUGUGUGUCAUUUUUUCAAAAAGAUAGGCCCCAAAGUGGCUCAUAGCAUAUAAGAACAUAUGAUAGAUAUAUAGGCCAGAAGACAUAACAGUAGGAUUAUAUGUACCUUGUUUGAAAGCACGCAUUUAUUAAUUUGCUUCAGUGUUUUAUACAUUGUUAGUGUGCACUGUACUCCCUACAUGUUAAAUUGAAGUUUCAAAUUGGAACAUGUUAAUUCUACUUAUUUAUUUUUUGAGGUAACAUCAUUUUUCUCCAUUUUCAUCUUUAAACUGUUUUAACACAUUUGCGCUGAGCUAUAUCUUUGUUCACAUUAAAGCAUAUGACGUGCAACUAUUACAUAAAAUUAAAACUAAAAAUUGAACAGUGAACACUCAGAUAAACAUUUCCGAAUAUAUCAACCAAGUUGCGUCAAAGUGUGUGUGUGUGUGUGUGUGUGUGUGUAUGUAUAUAUAUCUAUAUCUAUAUCUAUAUAUAUAUCUAUAUCUAUAUAUCUAUAUAGAUAUAUAUAUAUAUAUCAGCAUUAUUACAGAUAUGAAAUUAUGUAUAGCAAUGUGCAUUGCUUAAGUUGGCGGCCAUAAGGGAAAGGUAUUUUGUGUCAGUAAUGAUUAGAAUUUAAAGGGAUUUGUAGGAAGAGGGGAGGGAGGGGAAUGACAAAAUGAAAUUACUUUUAGGGACCAAGCUGAUGUCUUGCUGAACUCGUGGGUGGCUUAAUUGUACUGCUUAAUUUCUCUCCCCACAACCAGGCAAACGGCGGGAUUUGCUUUUUGCGCUAUGAUGACACAAAUCCUGAAAAGGAGGAGGAGAAGUACUUCACAGCCAUCAGGGACAUAGUGGAAUGGUUAGGUAUGUGCGUCUUGUGCUACAAAAUGUGGAAAUGUUGCCUGGGUGAAAGAGAGCUAUGUCUCUGGGUAGGCCAUGGGGGUGGGAGGAAGGCUGUUGGCUUUGUGGACCCCAUGCUAGGUUGACACCAGUGCUUUCCUUCUAGAAAAACAGAUGCCAGUACACAGUUACAAUCAGUGCCACAGUUUUAACCAGUGGCUUCUCUUCUCUUUUGUUGGAAGCCGCCCAGAGUGGCGGGGUAUAAAAUAAUAAUAAUAAUAAUAAUAAUAAUAAUAAUAAUAAUAAUAAUAAAUAAAAAACAGUGCUGGUAACCUCAGAAAAAACAACCACUGGUUAGCCCAAUUUGCACUGUGGUGUGAAGCUCAAGUGCAACAAUGAGGCCUUUCCGGAUGGCUUGUUUACAUGAAGCUUUUAGGAGUAGCAACAGCUUGUUUACAUGAGAGGAGCCUGCUGGAUCAGGCAGUCAAUGGCCCCAUCUAGUCCAGCAUCCUGUUCUCACAGUGACCGACCUGAUGUCUGAGGGUGGGUUUCGGGGAGUUGUUGCCCUAAGACAUGGGCUUGAGGGGAGCGGUGGGGACUGGGCCAAGUAUGGCAUGAAGGGGGCACACUUUUUUAUGACCUGGCAUUAUUUCCCCCAGGAUACACCCCCUAUGCGGUGACGCACGCCUCCGAUUACUUUGACCAGCUGUACACCUGGGCGGUGGAUCUCAUCCGGAGGUGAGGAGGCUGGAUGCUGAAAAGGGGGAAAGGGUUAACACCUGACUUCCGCCAUAGGUGCAUUCUUCCCUUGUGACUGGUUGUGUCCUUUCCAUCUCUCAGGGGCCAUGCUUACAUUUGCCACCAGAAGGUGGAAGAAAUCAAGGGACAUAAUCCGCCUCCUUCUCCAUGGCGAGACCGGCCGGUCGAGGAAUCACUCCUGCUUUUUGAGGUACUCCCAUUUCAUGUGGGCAAUCUAGGGUGGCUUCCCCUGCUACAGAGUUCAGCAUUCUCAGCCUUGCCUUUUUGGUGUGUUUUUUUUUAGAACAACCACCACAAGUUUCUAGCCCUCAUGGUUAUGCCUGUAGUAAUCGAUGAUGGCUCAUAAAAUUAUACAGGUGUGCUUCCAGCAAUCAGAGUCCUUAUUUUGUACACCUCUCUCCCUGCCCUCCUUAGAUGGCUAUUGUCCUUUGUCCUAAUCUGGGGGUAGCCAACAUGGUGCUACAACUCCCAUCAGCCUUAGCCAGCGUGGUCCAUGGUCAGGCAUGAUGGGAGUUGUACUCCAACAGAUAUCUGGAGGGUCGCAUGUUGACUACUUCUAUCUGGGCCCUCCCACUUUGUUUAUUUCCUUUCAUUACUGGUCAAAAACUCAUUGAAAUAACCGAAUCUUGGAAGCAGGAUUAAUUUUGUAAAAUAAGUAAAAAAACAACAACACGUUGCUCUGAUUGCAUUCCUUGGGCUUCAUUGGCACGAAUUUGGCAUUUUGGGGAGCAGCCUUUGUUGCACAGUACAGUGGUACCUCGGGUUAAGUACUUAAUUCGUUCCGGAGGUCCGUUCUUAACCUGAAACUGUUCUUAACCUGAAGCACCACUUUAGCUAAUGGGGCCUCCCGCUGCUGCCGCGCCGCCGGAGCAUGAUUUCUGUUCUCAUCCUGAAGCAAAGUUCUUAACCCGAGGUACUAUUUCUGGGUUAGCGGAGACUGUAAUGUGAAGCGUUUGUAACCUGAAGCGUAUGUAACCGAGGUACCACUGUAUGUGUCUGCCUGUAGAGCAGAACAACUGGAAGGCUGCUCCUGCCAGGGCAAAAACUGAGGCGGCAGAAGCUGCUGUUUUUUAACCUCGUGGCGAGCUUUCAUGUCUGACUGGCUCAAAGCUCCAGUGUGGGUUCCUCCUCUGCAGGACAUGCGCAAGGGGAAGUUUGCAGAGGGCGAGGCCACCCUGCGCAUGAAGCUGGUGAUGGAAGACGGGAAGAUGGACCCCGUCGCCUACCGCAUCAAAUACACACCACAUCACCGCACCGGGGACAAGUGGUACGCGAGGCGGGGUGUGUGUGUGUGUGUCUGGUGUGGGUGCUGGAGGAUUGGGUGGGAACCCUGUGGAAGAUCUCGCUUGGGGUUGCUGUUUCAGAGAUGGGUUAGGUGUUUCUGGCCCGCAUUUUCGGUUGGGACGGAUGACUGUGCCAUAGGGCUUAAUGUGUGUACAGCAGCCCUUCCCUCCCAUCUCCGGGGCUGCUUAAGAAAGCCCUGCGUGCCCUGAAGGGAAAUGGAAGUGAGGGAGACUAGGCCGGGGAGCACACGUACCUCCAGGCCCUGAGAGAACCAUCCAUGGCCUGAGGAGAACCAUUGCGGCGAGAACCUUCCCCCGCCUUCCCCUAAAGACCUGCGUACUCUGAGGGAAGGUGGAAGCGAGGAAGGCUAGGCCGAGGAGGCCCCCAUACCUUCGGCUCCCAGUUGGCCCCCAUCAGACUUUUGUCUCUUUACGUUUCAUAUCAUGUGUCUGUUUUGCUGUUUAAAGCUUACAAACCACCUCAGGAGCCUUGACAAAAUGGCGGCUCACAAAUCCAGUAAACGUUUUUGGCAGCUGUGGCUUGGAAGCUUGUGCUGGGGCUCUCGGAUUUGGGGAUGGGGGGAAGGGGGAGUGCUUCUGAAUUUGGGCAGGAUGCCAUCACCUUGGCAGCAGUUCACCCUUGCUCUCCUCAGGUGGGAAGGCUGGCCUUUCCCCUAAGCAGAUUAAAAGCAAGGGCACAUGCCGUGGUAGGACAGUGGAUCUGCAAGAGCAUUUUGAGGGAUGGGGUUGAUGGCUGGGUAGGCCGUGGGUGGAAAAAGAGCUGAGCUGCAUAGAGGUGGGCUGGUUCUGGUUCUGGUAGAUCUUGACCUUACGGCUGUACCCUGGGUUCCAGGUGCAUCUAUCCCACCUACGACUACACACACUGCCUCUGCGACUCCAUAGAGAACAUCACUCACUCGCUCUGUACCAAAGAGUUCCAGGCCAGGUGAGAGACAACAGAGCUCCUUGCUCGAUUGGGAAGUGGCUGAGACGCUCUCCUGUUGUGGGGAGCAACCACAGGCCUGAAUCCCUUAUCCUAUGUGGAGAAAUAGAAUCCCAGAUUUAGGAGGCUUGGGUUUCUAUGGAUGUAGACUCCUCAUCUGUACAGGGGCAGAAUCUGCCACUUAGAUAUCCUAUCCUGAGGAUUCUGGUUUUACCUCUAGUGGAACACAAGCUUCUGGCCCUCAUGGCAAAGGUGAAAACUAGAUCUAAUGGGCUUAAUUUAGAGAAGGGAAGAUUUCAAUUGGAUGCUAGGGGAAACUUCCUGAGGAUGAGUUCAGUGGUGGAACUAAUGACCACUCCUUCAGUGGAGGCCUUUGAAGAGAGGUCAGAUAGUUGGCUGUCUGUCAGGGGCGCUCUGCCUCUGGAUUUUCUGCCUUGAGCAUUCAGCAGGAUUUUAGUAGGUCCCCUGUGACUGGGUCUCUGUCCUGCUCUCAUCCUGACCGCGCAUAAUUAUUUUUGCUCAAAAACAGGAGUCCUGAAAGCCAAACAAAUUCUGUGAAGCUAGAUAGUCACAAGCAGGUAGCCGACGUCAGCCUCUUGACAGGAACCGAUCUGCUUUUCCCUGUUAUAGAUGACCUGUCACAGGGGUGUGGAGUCUUAGGCCCAGGAACCAAUGUGACCGCCUCAAAACUUUUUUUUUGUCCAGCCCUCAGGACUCACCUCUGGCCACACCCCUCACUAUCCAAGCUUUGUAAUUUCCUUGACUUUUUUUUUUCUUUUGCCUUGUUGAACUCCAAUAAAACCUCUUGGCUGCAUGUAAGGAGGAUAGGGAAAGCUGUGUGACAGUGCAGAAAGCAGACUGAAGGCAAAAUGCUCCACGUGCUCCUGUGACUGGUUUUGCCUCUCGCCCCCUCCACCAUGCGGCCCUCAGGAGGUUGCCCAACAUGGAAUCUGGCCCCCGGACUGGAGAAAGGUUCCCCGCUGCUGCUCUGACAGCUGCUGCUCUUCUCUCUCUUGGCAGACGCUCCUCCUAUUUCUGGCUGUGCAAUGCCCUGGAUGUCUACUGCCCUGUGCAGUGGGAGUAUGGGCGCCUCAAUCUCCUCUACACGGUGGUCUCCAAACGCAAAAUCAUUCGCCUGGUAGAUUCAGGGGCUGUCAGGUGAGAAACAAAGUUUGAUUUUUAAAAUUAUUAUUAUUAUUUGAAGUACUUGUAUGCCACCUUUCAGGGCAAAGCACCACUUCCAAGGUAGUUCACGAAAUAUAAUCGGCUUCAGAUUCAUAACAGGAACAUGAGGCUCCCAAGUACAGUGGUAUCUUGGGUUACAUACGCUUCAGGUUACAGACGCUUCAGGGUACAGACUCCGCUAACCCAGAAAUAGUACCUCAGGUUAAGAACUUUGCUUCAGGAUCAGAACAGAAAUCGUGCUCCGGCGGCGUGGCGGCAGCAGCAGGAGGCCCCAUUAGCUAAAGUGGUGCUUCAGGUUAAGAACAGUUUCAGGUUAAGAACGGACCUCCGGAACGAAUCAAGUACUUAACCCGAGGUACCACUGUAAUUUUAUGGAACAAUCCACUUGCAAUAUACCCUGAAUGAGCUUCAUUUUACCCAUCUCUGGGCAAAAUCUGUGAUCCAUCCCCAGAGUUGUUCCCAGCCCUUAAUGCUGCCCCUCCCCACAGCCCUGGGUUCACGUCCCUCCUUGGAUGGCCCAGUGCCUCAGGCUGUGAAGUUUCGUUAGAACAGCGGAAAGGGCUUUUGUAAUAUGAGCAGCGCUCCCUUCCUGGUAUGGUGCCUGCAGACGUCGUUGGACUACAGCUCCCAUUAUCCCUUGCCAUUUAGCCGUGUCGGCUGAGGCUGGUUGGAAUAGCAGUCCAAGAACACCUGGAGGGCUUUCUGAAGGCCAAAGCCCUUCACAUCUGCCUAAGAAGGCAAUAAUUCAGCUGGAUAGAGGGGUCCUUUGCUGCUGCAUCCUCUCCCUCUGGCAGCCUCAGACAUUUUAAAAGAUCUAUAAUCCCACCUUUUGAUGUAAGGAUCCUCAAAGUGGCUUAUAGGAGAAUCUAGCACAUGCAUACUUCAAACCCACCCAUCCAAGCGGCCCUUAGUUGCUGAACAAGGCCCUAUUUCACUUCAGCGCUGUAGUCCCAGGUUGGGGGGGAGGGAAGAAGGGAUGCAUGAAUGGCAUGCUGGGAAGGAACUAGGCCGGUAUGUUUUGGAGCAAGGCUUCUUUCUGCCUCUUGCCACUCACUGCUGCCAUUGCCAUUCCAGGGACUGGGACGACCCACGACUCUUUACGCUGACAGCUCUGCGGCGCCGGGGCUUCCCGGCAGAGGCAAUCAACAACUUCUGCGCCAGGGUAAAGACAUGUCCUUUGGGGUUCGGUGCAGCUUGGCCAAGGGGAAAGCGUGGGUGCCUAAAUGCCACGGGGUGCUGGGUAUAGAGUUCAGGCCCUGUUCCGGGUUUUGCUUGCGUGCCAUGGAGCUUACGCGCCACUUUUUCCUUUGGGGCAUGGUGUGAGCAGCAGGGCGCACCCCCAGCACCUUUCUUGUGGAGAUGCUCCUCAGUUACAUGGCUUCAACGUGGACCUGGCUAAGGAACCUCUUGGAUUCCUACUAAGCAGCCACAGGGUGCCCCCUCUGUCUCCAUGCCUCCAGAGGCAGCAGGGGAAAGUGCCAUCUCCCUGGAGCCAUAUGGGCAUUGGAGAGAUUGGGAUUGUGGCCCCUGAAAACGGCCUGGGUGUUGGCAUAGGGGCCUGCCUUAAACCGAGUCAGGCCAUUGGUCCAUCUAGCUCAGUAUUGUCUGCCCUGAUUGGUGGCGUCUCUCCAGGGUUUCCCAGCACUGCCAGGGAUUGAAGCUGGGGCCUUCUGAAUGCAUACCAGAUGCUCUGCCACUGUGCGACACGGCGGCUAUCUUCCCCUUAGAGCCGGGAUGAAGAACCUCUGCUUCAUGGGCCUAAUCCAUCUUGUCAGACUUCUUAAUCGAGACUGCCCCGCACCCCCUCCAAGCCGUGCCUCCUUCCCCCUGCCGUUCCUAUGCUCAGUGAGCUGAUCAGUCAAGAAGAGAUUUGUUCCCAUGUCCUCAGAUCCCUUUCUUUUCAGUUUCCUGUCUCUGUGUGGGAGCCGAGCAGAGGAAAGUUUGUGAGCGAAUGGGGUGUGCGUCUUCUGGCACCUCCCACUACAAGUGUGUAGGCCCCCCCCAAUUCCCCUGGGGGCCACUUUCCCCAAAGGGAGUUCAGCCCUUGGAGCAGCGGUUCUCAAGCUGUGGGUCCCCAGAUGUUGUUGGACUACAACUCCCAUCAUCCCUGAGCUCUGGCCUUGCUAGCUAGGGGUGAUGGGAGUUGUAGUUCAGCAACAUCUGGGGACCCACAGCUUGAGAAAGGCUGCCUUGGAGAAAGAGAGAGAGAAUAUGUCCCCCACCUCUUGCUUGGAGCUGGUAGCUUGGCCUUUCCCUGUUGCUUGGCUCACUCCAACCUCUUCUCAACAGGUGGGCGUGACAGUCGCCCAGUGCACAAUGGAGCCUCAUAUGCUGGAAGCCUGUGUGCGGGAGGUGCUGAACGAACAGGCGCCCCGGGUCAUGGCCGUCCUGGAACCACUGUGCGUGACCAUCGUCAAUUUCCCCGCACCGCACAAAGUAAGCCUGCGGCCUUUGCAGCGUGGGGUCUGGGUGUCUUGCCACCUUGCCCACUUCCCUGUAAAAUCUAGACCUCUCUUAGCACCCCCGUCGAGUGUGCAUCAAUCCUUCCUUUCUUCCUUACAGACCUUAGAAAUCGACGUACCCAAUUUCCCCGCUGAUGAGACCAAAGGUUUCCACAAAGUCCCCUUCCAGCCAACCAUCUAUAUUGAGCAGAGUGACUUCCGGGAGGUGAGCCUGUGGAUGGGAGGGAGAGGCAAUGUAUUAAGGAAGAGAAGAAAGCUGAUAUUUGUGCCGCUGGGGGCACAGAAUGGGGUGCUGCAAAAAUUGUGGGCCCCUCAACCGGAUGCCAGCGGGGCGUACUUCAUCCUGCUGUAGGACUCUGGAGCAGAUGAGGCAUCAUCUCUUCCUUGCUAGAAAGCGGGGUUUGUAAAAUGCGUCAGCACAAAGGCUCUCUCUUAUUUUAAAGGGACUUUGCUGUCUCCACUCAUCCCUCCUGUAUGGGAGGGUGUUUUAGGUUAUGUAUCUUCAAGUUGCCCAUAGUUGCUGGUGGUCUUGGCAGUCACCACUGUCAUUUGCGGUUCCACCUUUACCAUUUUUUCAGCAAUUUUGUGUAGCUUUUGCAUUCUCUGGACGGCAGCCAUGCCUGCACUGCUCCAUGCCAAGAGGAGAAGAUGGUGAAAUGCAAACAGGGGACACAGAAAGGGCUGAACUCCUCAGUGCCUUCUUUGCCUCAGUCUUCUCCGAUAAAGAAAAGAAGAAUUUGGAGCAAAUGAUUCAGCAGAGGAAACACAGCCCAGAAUAACUAAGGAGAUAGUACAAGAAUACUUGGCUAGUCUAGAUGUAUUCAAGUCUCCAGGGCCAGAUGAACUGCAUCCAAGAGUAUUAAAAGAACUGGCAGAUGUGAUCUCAGAACCACUGGCAGUCAUCUUUGAGAAUUCCUGGAGAACAGGCGAAGUCCCGGCAGACUGGAGGAGGGCAAAUGUUGUCCCUAUUUUCAAAAAGGGGAAAAGAGAGGACCCAAAUAAUUACCGCCCAGUCAGUCUGACAUCAAUACCAGGGAAGAUUCUGGAGCAGAUCAUUAAGCAAACAGUCUGUGAGCACCUAGAAAGGAAUGCUGUGAUCACCAAUAGUCAGCAUGGCUUUCUGAAAAAUAAGUCAUGUCAGACUAACCUGAUCUCGUUUUUUUGACAGAAUUACAAGCCUGGUAGAUGAAGGGAACGCAGUGGAUGUAGCCUACCUUGAUUUCAGCAAGGCAUUUGACAAGGUGCCCCAUGAUAUUCUUGUAAAGAAGCUGGUAAAAUACGGUCUUGACUAUGCUACCACCCAGUGGAUUUGUAACUGGCUGACUGACCGAACCCAAAGGGUGCUCAUCAAUGGUUCCUCUUCAUCCUGGAGAAGAGUGACUAGUGGGGUGCCACAGGGUUCUGUCUUGGGCCCGGUCUUAUUCAGCAUCUUUAUCAAUGACUUGGAUGAUGGACUCAAGAGCAUCCUGAUCAAAUUUGCAGAUGACACCAAACUGGGAGGGGUGGCUAACACCCCAGAGGACAGGAUCACACUUCAAAAUGACCUUGACAGAUUAGAGAACUGGGCCAAAACAAACAAGAUGAAUUUUAACAGGGAGAAAUGUAAAGUAUUGCACUUGGGCCAUAAAAAUGAGAGGCACAAAUACAAGAUGGGUGACACCUGGCUUGAGAGCAGUACAUGUGAAAAGGAUCUAGGAGUCUUGGUUGACCACAAACUUGACAUGAGCCAACAGUGUGACGCGGCAGCCAAAAAAGCCAAUGCAAUUCUGGGCUGCAUCAAUAGGAGUAUAGCAUCUAGAUCAAGGGAAGUAAUAGUGCCACUGUAUUCUGCUCUGGUCAGACCUCACCUGGAGUACUGUGUCCAGUUCUGGGCACCACAGUUCAAGAAGGACGCUGACAAACUGGAACGUGUCCAGAGGAGGGCAACCAAAAUGGUCAAAGGCCUGGAAACGAUGCCUUAUGAGGAACUGCUAAGGGAGCUGGGCAUGUUUAGCCUGGAGAAGAGGAGGUUAAGGGGUGAUAUGAUAGCCAUGUUCCAAUAUAUAAAAGGAUGUCACCUAGAGGAGGGAGAAAGGUUGUUUUCUGCUGCUCCAGAGAAGCGGACACGGAGCAAUGGAUCCAAACUAGAAGAAAGAAGAUUCCACCUAAACAUUAGGAAGAACUUCCUGACAGUAAGAGCUGUUUGACAGUGGAAUUUGCUGCCAAGGAGUGUGGUGGAGUCUCCUUCUUUGGAGGUCUGUAAGCAGAGGCUUGACAACCAUAUGUCAGGAGUGCUCUGGUGGUGUUUCCUGCUUGGCAGGGGGUUGGACUCGAUGGCCCUUGUGGUCUCUUCCAACUCUAUGAUUCUAUACACUGCAGAUUAAUUCACUUCUCUUGGUAGCGCCGGCUCCUCUGACUUGGAGAGUGUAUUUUGGAUCCGUUAUUGGCUGUUUGUAUUAGAAGUCCACCUUGUGGCCACUUCUACAGGCCUGGACCAUCUCUGCACGAUCUUUUAAAAAUACAGAUUUUAAAAAUUAGAACAUGUCUCGUGGCACCCAAAGGGGCCCUGUUCAUGUAGGUUGGCUUUCCUGCCAAAACUAGGCCUGGUGGUAGAUAAGCUGAACCCCAGAUCCAUGUCCUUUGCUCUGUGCUUGGACAGACUGGCAGCUUGCAAUCGGCACCUGUCUUACUUGGGAAGAUGCUCCUUGUCCAAUAAUACAGUGGUACCUCAGGUUAAGUACUUAAUUCGUUCCAGAGGUCCGUUCUUAACCUGAAACUGUUCUUAACCUGAAGCACCACUUUAGCUAAUGGGGCCUCCUGCUGCUGCCGCGCCGCCCGAGCACAAUUUCUGUUCUCAUCCUGAAGCAAAGUUCUUAACCCGAGGUACUAUUUCUGGGUUAGCGGAGUCUGUAACCUGAAGCGUAUGUAACCCAAGGUACCACUGCAUGUGACAUAAAAAAUAUAAAAAAUUACUGCACUGCCCAAUAUAAAUGUUAUACAUUUAUAUGUUCCUGAGUGUUUGUAUACACACACGGUUAUAUUAUUAAAAAGUAUGUUUUGUCAUGCAAACACAUUAUAAUGAGGCUUAUUUCCACCCACCCCCCAGUCUUCUAAGGGCACACCUUUCCCUCGCCUCUUGUUUUCUGUCUGAGCUUCAUUUGACAGUCUCUUAAACUGGAAGCAAAUUGUUUGCCUUUUUCACCUGGAAUAUCCAUGCCCACUUCUACUAAGGGCUGUUCUCUGACUGCCCACACCAGGCUACAUUCUGCAGGCGCAUUAACCAGGUCAUCAUCUUGGCCAGAUUUCACCAGGAGCCCUAACUCUGCCCCCUUCCUGUGAUUGGUGAAUCCUGAGCUAUGACAGGGCCUGUUCGUACGGAGCGUUGGAGAGUUCAGGUGCCCAGCUGAUUGCUAGCUAUGUGGUUCUGGCUGAGGCUGCCAUGUCCUAUGGAGAGAUGCUUCUGAAGAAGUGUCUCCACCACCAUCGUUCAGCCCGGACACUGAGGUCCAGCUCCGAGGGCCUUCUGGUGGUUCCCUCCCUGCGAGACGUGAGGUUACAGGGAACCAGACAGACUGCCUUCUCAGUAGUGGCGCCCGCCCUGGGGAACGCCCUCCCGUCAGAUGUCAAGGAAAUAAGCAAUUAUCUGGCUUUUAGAAGGCAUCUGAAGGCAGCCCUGUUUAGGGCAGUUUUUAAUGUUUGGUGUUCUAUCAUGUUUUUAAUAUUCUUUCCGCAGGGCCUGUAAGACAGAGUUGUUCCGCCUGGCCUUUGGCUUGGAAUCAGCCUGAUCCCCUCCCCCUCUUUAUUUUUUUCCUUGCUCCUUUUGUGUUGGGACUCCUAUUUGGGGACUUCCCUGGCUUUUUUCUGUCCCACGUGGGACCAGUCUGGAUAGUUGGCCUUGGUGAAGAUUUGACGUUCAUCCCCAAAAAGUUUUUGAGUUUCUACUGAAAUGAGGCUGCAUUUUAAUGUUGAAUUUUAAUCCUGUUUUUAACUUGUAUUUUAAUCAAUUGUUUUUAUACCUGGUGUUAGCUGCCCUGAGCCUGGGGAGGGCGGGAUAUAAAUAAAAUUUAUUAUUAUUAUUAUUAUUAUUAUUAUUAUUCUGUUGGGAGCUGCCCAGAGUGUCUGGGGAAACCCAGCCAGAUGGGCGGGGUAUAAAUAAUAAAUUAUUAUUGUUAUUAUGGGGAUCUCUUGAGAAUAACUACGGGGAGCUACGUUGCAGAUCCCUGCUGUGAGGGAGGUGCCUGGCCCCAUAAGAACUGGCAAUUUAGUACAGAACGUUUUUACAUCCAUGUGCCAGCGGAUUGAAGUGAUUUGAUUCCCCUUGUUUGGUCUCCACUGACGUUAGCAUCUCUUCCCUGGCAGGUGCCAGAGAAAGGUUACAAGCGCCUGGCGCCCGGCCAGCCAGUAGGUUUGAGGCACACGGGCUACGUCAUUGCUGUCCAGAGCAUAACUAAGGUGAGUCUGUCGUGGCAUCUCCUUACAGCCCUCUUACUGCAGUUCUGCAGCUAUCCCUGUAGAUCAGGGCCUAAGAGCUUCCCGUAAAAGAAAACAUCACCUGUGGCACUCGGCUUAGAUCAGCCUCAUGGACCAUUCCAGCAGCUAUGCUUACAGCUCUGUAAGACUCCUUGAGCCAGCUGUGGCUCUGCUAGGUCUUUCUCCUAAUUCGCUACCUGCUUAGUGGUUUUCGUCUGUCUGCACAAGCAAGCGGUGAAAUCUAGUUCUUUUUUAAAAAAACAGAUCUCACACCUGCCUUUUGAUCAAAUAAGCCUUGAGGUUGCUUGCAGUAGUAGAAAACGAAAUACCACACACACAUACACCAGUUCCCUGGCUCUCCUCCAGUGAUUUCUGAAGCUUAAGUUGUAUCUCUCUUGCUAAGGCUAGAACUACCCAAAGUUGUUGCAGGCACUGUGUGAUUAAGCCCAUCUGCCCCAACAUCCUGUUCCUAGGUUACAUUCUCCAGUUGAAUAUUUCGUCCCCGAGAUUGGAGUAAAAGAGGGGGAAAUCCAGUUUGCUGCUGCCUAUGCAGUUGCAUGGGACGCGGGUGGCACUGUGGGUAAAACCUCAGCACCUAGGGCUUGCCGAUCGCAUGGUCGGCGGUUCGAAUCCCCGCGGCGGGGUGAGCUCCCGUCUCUCGGUCCCAGCUCCUGCCCACCUAGCAGUUCGAAAGCACUCCUAAGUGCAAGUAGAUAAAUAGCUACCGCUUUAUAGCGGGAAGGUAAACGGCGUUUCCGUGUGCUGCGCUGGUGCUGGCUCGCCAGAGCAGCUUCGUCACGCUGGCCACGUGACCCGGAAGUGUCUCCGGACAGCGCUGGCCCCCGGCCUCUUAAGUGAGAUGGCCGCGCAACCCUAGAGUCGGACAAGACUGGCCCGUACGGGCAGGGGUACCUUUACCUUUUACCUUUAUGCAGUUGCAUAAACCAGUACUAUUACUAUGAGGAGUUAUCUGCAAGAGCACAGCAGGGCCUUCUCUGUGGUGACCCUAUACAUUUUUCUAAAUGAAAUUCUGCCGAGCCCAAGUCUGUUUAUUGGAGUGUGUCCCCCCCCCCUCACCCAAUGUUUUUAAAAGAGAGCAUUGUAUGUCCAAACAUUUUCUGGCGUUUGAUAUAUUUUUGUGGCCUGAUAAUUUUGCUUUUGGUUCCUGUUGGACUGUGAUUUUGAUGAAUAGCGUCUUGAAGCAUUUCAUAUUUGUAAGUUCCUAGUUUCUUCUGUGUCCUGUUGAAAUAGCUUAUAUGUGUGGCAGAUCAGCUCUGAAUCAACUUUUUUGGGGGUGGGGGGUGGGGUCACCCUGCAGUUGUUGAGCAGCCAUAGAAUCCUUUUUCUUUCUCUCUGAUAUGAAGAAACAACCAAAACGUCUCUUGAUUAUGAGGCAGAGUGUGGAAAAUAAUUUGUUGACUUCUUUGCAACUGGCCAGAUAAGCUAGUGCCAGUCAGUUAAAUGGAACUGCAAUGAACUUUUAGGGAGAUACAGACAUGGAUUUGAGGUCUGCAAUGUUAAAUGGAACUGCAACGAACUUUUAGGGAGAUACAGACAUGGAUUUGGGGUCUGGGCUCAUACGAGAGCAAGUGAGCUGGUCGUCGCAAAUUCAUUCCCUUCUUCUGCACUGAGCAGAAGAGAUGAGGAAGGCAAUCUGCUCCACAUUGCAAGAGAGUGUUUUUUGAGAGGAGCUAGAUGCCUGAAGCAUGAUGGCAAAGUGGCUGGGUGGCCACAUGGAACUGACCUUCAUAUCCAUGCCUAGGACACCAAUGGACGUGUGAAAGAGCUAGAGGUGACCUGUACAAAGUCGGAGGCAGCAGAGAAACCCAAAGCCUUUAUCCACUGGGUGUCAAAUCCUCUCGUGUGUGAGGUUCGACAGUAUGAGCGACUGUGAGUAUUAGGAUCGCUACCUCUUUGCAAAUCUGUUGUUUGAGAAGGCUCCCCAUGUGCCUCUUGACCUUGGAUCUUAUUAUUCCUGGGAAGAAGAAUAGGCAACAGGGGUCAAAACCACUUCCUUAUCUUGUCUCUCUCCUCCCCUGGCUCACGGAUGCUAUAUAUUCAAGCAUUGCAUAGUGGUAUUAUGUAUUCAAAGGAGGGUGGACAGAACUAGGUACCAACAUUUUUUGAGUUUAUCUUGAAACGCCAUCUGUUUUAAUCAAACUUAUAACUAUAUCUGGAAGGAAGGUGGUGGUUCUGGGAAAAUUUAUUAUACCGUUCCAAUUUAUUUGUUUCCUUAGGGAAUUUGUACGCUGCUCUUAGAACUAUUCUUUCAAAGCAGCUCAAAUAACUAAAAUACUGUAUUUUUUGCUCUAUAAGACGCACUCCCCCCCCCCCCAAAUUAAGGGGAAAUGUGUGUGCGUCCUAUGGAGCGAAGGCAGGCUCCUUGGCUUCAGCGAUAGCAACGCUCCGAAGUGCAGAGGGAGCGCUCCUUUCCACUGCUCCGCGACCUGCUCUUUGGGGCUGGCGGCGGGGGAAAGCAGCGCUUCCCCCCCGCCAGCCCCAAAGAGCAGGUCAAAAGGAACCCAAAGCCUCCGGAGCCCGGCGGGAACUCCCGCCGUGCUCCUGAGGCUUCGGGUUGCCUUCACUGAAGCCUGGAGAGCGAGAGGGGUCAGUGUGCAGCGACGCCUCUCACUCUCCAGGCUUCCAAGGUAGCUGCCUGAAGCCUCCAGAGCGCAGCGGGAACUCCCACUGCGCUCCGAAGGCUUCGGGUGAACGCACCUUGUUUUAGAGGGGGAGAACAAGAAAAAAAAUUCUCCCUCUCUCUGCGCAGCGCCCCUUCAGCGAAGCGACAGGAGAAAUGGAAGGGGCUCCGUUUCUUCUGCCGCUUCGCUGAAGGGGCGCUGAGCAGAGAGGGGGAGAAUUUUUUUUCUUGUUCUCCCCCUCUAAAACAAGGUGCGUCCUAUAGAGCGAAAAAUACGGUAGUUCUAAAACUCAUAAAAACAGAGACAGCAGAGGUGCCGGCCAUGUUUGGAUGAACUGUGCACUAUGUACAAGCUUCAGGAACCUGUAUAUGGCUGCUUUGCUUCUCCAUUUGCAGGGGUAGCAAAAUAAGUGAAGAAGUCAUAGCUAACCAUAGUUUCCUGUUACGUUCAAACUGGGAAACCAUGGUUCUGAACAAGCCAGGAACCACAGGGCAAUUUUAAACCAUGGCUUCAGAUUCCAGCUUGCUUGGAAGACAUUAGCUACCAUUUCCCAGUUCGGACUACUGUUAACUAUGGAUUCCUGGUUGUUUGCUCAGUUGCGUGGCGGGAGCAGCGAAGCAACUACGCAGACGUAGCCUUAUUAAACCAAGAUUCACUAAUCUGUACUCGGCCAUAGUAAAAGUCAGGUUUAAACCGUGCACAAUUCCUGUGGAAUUCUGGGUAGUCUGGGCAAAAAGAAAGCCAUCUGGCACCAGAAAGACUUCAGCUCAGUGCCUCAGAAGUCUCCAGGGGAAGGAGGAGGAGGUGUUCCAGAUGCUACGGCUGAAAGAAGCCUAAUACUGGAAAACACACACACACCCUAUGUAGGGCCUCUGAAGAUGAUCGUCAUGUUUCAUCCUUGAUAUUCAGACAAAUUCAUAGGGAAGUAGGGCAGUCUUGGUGGGCGCUGGGCCCAAAGAUAUGUAGGGCUUUCAAAGUUAAAACAAGCACCUGGAAAUGAAUUGGAAACCAGUGCAGAUCUUCAUAGAUUGGCAAAAUAAGACUUCCGGCACUAAACUUGGCAGAGAAAACCCAAACCGGCAAGGCUAAUUGCCUCCCGACCUACAGCAAAGUGUCUCCGCUCCAUCGGCUUAGUAGCUAAUGGGGGAGUUUACAUCACGUUUGUCAGCUGCCCCAUUACAAAAGAGGAGUUUCUCCCUGAGAUAACGCUUCCUGCCAAGUCAGGGUUGUGAUGAGCUCAUUGAACAUGGGCAGGACCUUCUGUGAGGCUGGCCGUCUGCAUUGCCCAGCUUUCUCCAUUCAGUGAGUAGACUUGACACCAUAGGUAGAAGUAACAUCGAGCCCAAGAAGGACUUGGCUCAUUCCCCAGGGCCUACAGAGAGCAUCUGGAAGAGCCAUGCUUAGGAUACGAGAGUGCCAUUGGCCGGCCUGUGCAGCAGAACCCUCUUGUCUUCUGUUCCGGCAGCCGAACCUCAUCCUCAGUGUGACUAUAAACCUUUUUUGUGGCUUGCAGGUUCCUGCACAAGAACCCCGAAGACCCUGCAGAGGUGCCACAGGGUUUCCUGAGUGAUGUCAAUCCUGUGAGUGCUGAGCCCAGAAGAGUGUUUUAUUAUUAUUAUUAAUGCCUUGGACUAGGGAAGACAGAAGGAGGGAGGAGGAAGAGGUAGAGCUAUGUUGAGAGAAAGAAAUGGUGUGGCUUGAGAAGCAGGGGGUACUCAAUUUUUAUUUUUUUUUAAUGGAAAAGUAGAAAAUUGCAAGAACAAGAAGGUAUCACGUUCCAUUAUAUAAUAUGACAAGAUUAAAGGAGAGGAACGAGAGGGCAUAAAAUAUUAGAAAUUGACAUUUUUAUUAUUAAGAGGUGAGGUUAACAAUGCAGAAAGAAACUGCCAGGGAAGCAUCUCAUUGGACUAACAAUGUACACCUUGCUAAGGAGUUUUGUAAAGUGGUUCCUGCUAGGCCAACACCUGUGCGUGGGCGUGCAAUUUGGUAGGAGGUAUAAGUGAAUUAAGGGACGCGGGUGGCGCUGUGGGACUAGGACAGAGCCUAGGACUUGCCGAUCGGAAGGUCGGUGGUUCGAAUCCCCGCGACGGGGUGAGCUCCCCUUGCUCCUGCCAACCUAGCAGUUCGAAAGCACAUCAAAGUGCAAGUAGAUAAAUAGGUACCGCUCCGGCGGGAAGGUAAACGGCAUAUCCGUGCGCUGCUCUGGUUUGCUAGAAGCGGCUUAGUCAUGCUGGCCACAUGCCCUGGAAGCUAUACGCCGGCUCCCUUGGCCAAUAAAGCGAGAUGAGCGCCGCAACCCCAGAGUCGGCCACGACUGGACCUAAUGGUCAGGGGUCCCUUUACCUUUACCUAUAUAAGUAAAUUGGAGCGUGCGGAUCAGUGUGCGCCUGCCAACCUGGGCAUCUCCUCCCAAGCAAGCCAUGUAAAAAAUGGUGAAGGCAGGUAACCACAAGAGCUCAUGCGCUGCACCCGUGAGUAGCAGGGCCGGCCCAAUUCCAGGCCAGGAAAGAAGGGAUGAGUGAAGAUCUACAUCAGGAACAAGGGCAGGAGGAAGAGACUGCUGUAGAGGCAGCAUGGUGGGGGCUUCCAAGGUGGCGGCAGAUAGGGUCUCAAAGGAGCACGCCACACCCGUCCCUGCCACCAUGGCGGCAGCAGGUAGCGCAUUCCUUGGAGGCCGGAUCUGCUGUCUCUGUGGAUUCCGUUUCCUGAGGUGAUCACCUCACUUUGCCUUCUGGGUGGGGCAUCCCUGGUGAGUAGAGAAAAGUUGCAUAUUUUAAUCAGCAGGGCUAAAGACUCUUUGGCCUGCCCAUCUGAGAGAAGUUCUGUUGCCUUGUUUUAGUCUUUCCUGCCCGCUCCUUUCCAUCUUUCUCUCUCUGUUCUCUCUCCCACUCCAGAACUCACUCUCUGUGAUUGAGGAGGCCCUGGUGGACAGGUCUGUGUGUGGGGCCAAGCCUUUUACCAAAUUCCAGUUUGAACGGCUUGGCUAUUUCUCAGUCGAUCCUGACAGCACGGGUGCAAAGGUCAGUUCCCAAAAGGUGCAAAAACCUGGAAGGGUUCCCCCCUGCCCUCGUUCAAAUGGCAAGGAAAGGAAAAUUCAGCUGCACGUGAGGGAUAACUUCUGGACAGGACAAGCGGUUGGAUGGUGAAACAAACAGACUGCUUUGGAAGAAGUCAGACUCUCUCCUUUGAUAGAGGUUUUCAGCCAGAGGUCGGAUGGGGCCUCCUGCCAGGGAUGAUAUACCAGUAGAAACCCUGUGUUGACAGGGAACCUUUGACUUUCCAGGUGUUGCUGAACUACAACUCCCAUUGCCGCCGGCCGUGUUGCCACUCUGGCUGCAGAUGAUGGGAGUCGUGCAGCAACGUCCGGAGGGCCAAAUGUUCCCUGGAACCUGCCUUUGAGCUUCCUUCUGUCUCUUAACGGUUCCUGUAAGGCCUCAAGGUCCGAUUAGAGAGAAAAGCCGCUCUCUAAAAUGGGAGGUGAUGGGGAGGAAGAACUUGGCUGGCAAAGGACUCUUGCUAAUGUCGCUUGCUUUCCCCCUGCAGCUUGUGUUCAACCGGACGGUGACUCUGAAGGAGGAUCCUGGGAAAGUGUGAUGAUGCUUCUGCAGGCGGUGUCUCACCUUGCCCCAAGUUGCUCAGGAGUCACGUUCUUCCCCUGCAUGGCAGGGGGCGAUGCUCGCAUGCAGCACCAGCAAAGUUGCCUUAACAUGCAUCCUGGUUUCAGAUCCAUCACAUCAAUAAAAGGAAGCCUCUUUAUGUUUUCCUGUGUUAUUGGCUAUUGCAUGCAAGGGUGUGUGGGUGUGGGUGUAUCGGUGUGUGUACACUGAUUUGAAUCUGCAGGUUCAAAGAAUAUUUAUUGCCUUUCUGAAGUGGGGCUGCAAACUAGAAUUAUGAUUCCUCCCCUUCAAUUUCUUGGUGCUCGCCCCGCACCUGACGGGUGUGUUUGGAGAGGAAGGCAUGUCGUGGAGAGAGUCCCGAUGGGCAGAUAAGCCGCAUCCGAUUCUGAGCCUCUCCACACCUCCUCAAGCCACAGUUUCCCACAGAAGUAAGAUUCUAGGUGGGUUGUAUGUCUAGGACUAAGGAUGAGGCUACCACCUGCACUUAGAUGGGGCUAAAGGUAUGAAUGAUUUUUUAAGAGUUGUCCUCAUCUCCUUCAGAGAGUAUUUCCAGCUCCCAUUCCUCCUUGCAGUCUUUCUUUCUGGCGGUUCCCUCACUGCGAGAAGCCAAGUUACAGGGAACCAGGCAGAGGGCCGUCUUGGUAGUGGCGCCCGCCCUGUGGAACGCCCUCCCACCAGAUGUCAAAGAGAACAACAACUACCAGACUUUUAGAAGACCUCUGAAGGCAGCCCUGUUUAGGGAAGCUUUUAAUGUUUGAUGCAUUACUGUAUUUUAAUAUUUUGUUGGAAGCCGCCCAGAGUGGCUGGGGAAGCCCAGCCAGAUGGGUGGGGUAUAAAUAAUAAAUUAUUAUUAUUAUUUCCGCAUUUUAUCUCCAUCUGAGAGUUGCCUUGCACUUCAAUAACAAUGGAUCAGAAAUGGGCAAUGGGCAAGAGAGGCUUUCUCAUCGGUAUUUUAAAUCAGACCACUCUUUCAACCAGUGUUGCUUUCAAUAGCGUUUGUAAAAGAAGGCAGCGAAGGUCUGACCUCGUAGCUCUGCUUUUACAAGGGAGGACAUUUGUUGGCCAUAUGUCCUCUUUUUCCAGGAGACAUCCUCUUUUUUUCAUGGAUCUGUAAAAUGAGAGUUGUGUCGCAGCAAUCCAUAAUUAAAAGCAGAAGUCGGC